UCUGGUCACCGCAGCCCGCCAUUUAUCCGGUGCAUACACUGCUAAAUACGUGACUCCUGCCUUGUUUAGGCUUUACUACAAUAAACGUCUGUCUGUCGACACCUAGCCAUAACGUGGGGACGGUUACCGACCAUAUGUGUGAAGCCGAGGACAGCUGUAUAACCCCCAUGACUAUACACUAGGCAGACUAGCAAUAGGGCGGGCUUAGAACUUAUUUCUGACACCCACAGCCCUGAAGAAAAAUGGCGGAGAAGUUGUAAGGGUGUGCCGUGACGUCAGGCGCGCAGCCAGGUGUGGGCGGGGUUAGCAAGCACUGGCUGUGAGGACGCGUCGAACGAUAACAUCUGGCGCUCCUCCCCACUACCCAGCGUGCACUGCGGCGCGGAGGAGGGCAUUUUGUGGUGAGGCAGAGAAAGCUGGGGGGAGCAGGAAGAAGAGAACACAAGAUGGCGGCCUAAGGAGAGAGCGGAGGGCUGCGGCUGUGACGGAGGGAAGAGCACUCAUACCCGGCGCUUAAGGGUCCGGGAGGCUCGGUACGAGCCACGUAACGCUCGGGAAAAGGGUCAGAGAGAAUCAGGGGAGCGGGAAUACACGGCGCCCCCGGUACCGUCUAACAAAGGAAGAACCGAGCCCUCCGGGACCCUUCACCCCCUCCCUCCCGGUCAUCUUCGUUUUAUUUCUGGAGUUACCGGCACCACCUCCUCCCCGCAUCAUGGCGAGCAGCAGCGGCUCGAAAGCGGAAUUUAUAGUAGGAGGAAAAUACAAGCUGGUCCGGAAGAUCGGUUCCGGCUCCUUCGGGGACAUCUACCUGGCGAUCAACAUCACGAACGGCGAGGAGGUCGCUGUAAAAUUAGAGUCACAGAAAGCUCGCCAUCCUCAGCUGUUGUAUGAAAGCAAAUUAUAUAAGAUCUUGCAAGGUGGCGUUGGCAUACCUCAUAUCAGGUGGUAUGGACAAGAAAAAGACUACAAUGUUCUAGUCAUGGAUUUGCUGGGGCCAAGUCUCGAGGAUCUCUUCAAUUUUUGUUCACGCAGGUUCACUAUGAAAACUGUGCUUAUGUUAGCAGACCAGAUGAUCAGUAGAAUUGAAUAUGUGCACACAAAGAAUUUUAUACACAGAGACAUCAAGCCAGACAACUUCCUAAUGGGCAUCGGACGUCAUUGUAAUAAGUGUUUCGAAUCUCCAGUGGGGAAGAGGAAAAGAAGCAUGACUGUUAGUACUUCUCAGGACCCAUCUUUCUCAGGAUUAAACCAGUUAUUCCUUAUAGACUUUGGUCUGGCCAAAAAGUACAGAGACAACAGAACAAGGCAGCACAUACCGUACAGAGAAGACAAAAACUUGACUGGCACAGCCCGCUACGCCAGUAUCAAUGCCCACUUAGGAAUUGAGCAGAGUCGCCGGGAUGACAUGGAGUCUCUAGGUUAUGUGCUAAUGUAUUUCAACAGAACCAGCCUUCCUUGGCAGGGAUUGAAGGCAGCAACCAAGAAACAAAAAUACGAAAAGAUCAGUGAAAAGAAGAUGUCUACUCCUGUUGAGGUUUUGUGUAAGGGAUUUCCUGCAGAAUUUGCUAUGUAUCUUAAUUACUGUCGUGGACUGCGUUUUGAGGAGGCACCAGACUACAUGUAUCUGAGGCAGCUCUUCCGAAUUUUGUUCAGAACCUUGAAUCACCAAUACGACUACACAUUUGACUGGACAAUGUUGAAGCAGAAGGCAGCUCAGCAAGCGGCCUCCUCCAGUGGGCAGGGCCAGCAAGCCCAAACCCCCACAGGCAAGCAAACUGACAAAUCCAAGAGUAACAUGAAAGGAUUUUGAACACACAAGGAGCAGACAUUGCAGUUCCUGGCACGAGCUGGACCCAUCACUCCCUUAAAACCUAGAGAUUUUUAGUUCAUAUGUACACUUGCCAGUUGUUGUGGGAGACCAUUUACUUGGUGUAAAAGGAACUUAAUUUCAGUCUAAACUGGCUACCUGCGGCGUCUAUGUGCCGACUUGUAGCUGCUGUUAAUAAUUGUGAAUAUCACUAAGAUUAGUGAAACAUGGUGUCCAGUUUUUUGAUUGCAAUUUUCCCCCCUGAAAGCGUGGGACGGGUGGUUCAGUUAUCUGGCGUUCAACAGAGUGGUGGAAGAAAUUGUGCAUAUGCCAAUUUAUUUUUGUUCCUAUGGUUAACCUCUCGAACCUUACACUGCUUACGACUUCUACUUCAGAAGAGCAACAUGAAGUGGCUUCCUAGAGACAGUUGUGACAACCCAAGUCUAAAGAGAACUCCGUUGUUUCUUCAAAUUUACUUUUUCUUCACUUCUGUGUUUUUUAAGUUGUACACUUAAAACAUUCUUAGCUGUUGCAUUGAAGGCCCACUUGCUGUACAAGUAGGUGCUCCUACAGUGAAUGAGCAACUAGAACUUUCUUUUUGAUCUCUUGUCUGUCACCUUGUAUGGUUAUUAUGGUGACCACAUGGCUCCAGGUUAUUAGGAUCUACUGGCAUAGCAGCUUCUCCUCCUAGAAAGAAAUUCAACAUCCACAGCAAUCUGCCAUUUCUUGAUAAUCUGUAACCAAUAAAUGUCCCUGAUGUAACCAAAGAUUACAAUUUUAAGCAGAUAAUAUAACCGAUCUGUGUUUUUAAAAAAGGACAUCUUCUACAGUGCAGACCUAAAAACACAACUUGGCAGUUCUAGUCUUUAGAAGAUGGGAAAUAACUUGUACAAAGCAAACUGCAGCGUUUUUGUUUUUUUUGUCACAAUCUAGUUAACAUCUUUAAACUAAAGCUUGUUUAAGUGGCUUAGGAAAUGUAAUCACUGUAAACAUGAUCUGGGAUAUCUUUGUUUUUAUUUUGAACAUUUUUGUUUGUUUACAAGUUCAUUAAAAACUAAAAAAAAAUCGA